AUGAAAUAUGGCUGUGUGCAAUUUAAUCCAACAAUUGGUAAAAUACAAAAUAACGUUGAAAAACUGUUUUCGCUCUUGAAAAAAAACGAAGAGCAUCUUCGUUCAGUGGAUUUGCUAGUUUUUCCAGAAUUGGUUUUGUCAGGCUACAAUUUCAAAAACAGCUCUGAGAUAGAGCCAUUUCUGGAAGAUGUCAAAAACGAGAAAAGCCCUAGUUUGUCGUUCGCUAAAAGUGUAGCUGAGCAGUAUCGCUGUUAUACUAUUAUUGGGUUUCCAGAGAUUCAAAAAUUUGAUGAUCAAACGUCUUAUUAUAACAGCACAGCUUUGGUUUCCCCCCAGGCGAAACUACUGAGGAUAUAUCAAAAGCAUUUCCUCUAUGACACCGAUAAAACUUGGGCAACAGAAGGAAAAGGAUUUAUGUAUGAUGAUUCCCUACCAGAAUUGGGUCCUAUUUCAAUGGCUAUCUGCAUGGAUAUUAAUCCCAAGGACUUCACUGCACCUUUUGAGAAAUUUGAAUAUGCCAAUUUCAUUAAGGACCAAAUGAUGAAAGAGAGCUCAAUAUUGAAUUCAAAAAAACAAAUGCCUCCACUUAUUGCUUUAAGUAUGGCCUGGUUGCUCUGUGACUCAGAUUGCUUAACGGUUCCUCAGCCAGAUUUAAUGAAUGUUAAAUAUUGGGUGGCCAGACUGUCUCCUUUAGUUGACAUGGAAAAGGAUUGUACUCUUCUAAUUGCUAAUCGUUGGGGCCAGGAAAGAGAUGUUACAUUCGCUGGUUCAAGUUGUAUUUUGCGUAUUGGGCACGGCAAAGCUGUAGUUCACAGUUUACUAAACGCAACAGAAGAUAAUAUUGCUUUCGCAGAAAUUAAUGAUUAA